AUGACACCAGCAAGGUUUGAACAGCUACUCUCUUGGAUAGCCCCUGUCAUCGUCAAGUCGUCUAAAAUCAGGAAUGUUACAAGUCCUAGCGAGCGUUUAUGCAUUACAUUGCGGUAUUUAACUACAGGAGAUGCUCAGAUUACAAUUGGAAGUAGCUAUAGAGUCAGCCCUCCAACUGUCAGUCGCAUUAUACGCGAAAAAUAUGUUCCUGACACAGAAAGCAAGUGGAAAGAGAUAGCGAACGAGUUCAAAGACCGAUGGAACUUUCCACAUUGUUUAGGGGCAAUAGAUGACAUUGGUGAUGCUGGACGUCAAAGCGAUGGAGGAGUGUAUAAAAACAGCAAACUUGCCCAGGCUCUAGAAACAAACUCAAUUAAUAGUGAUCUAUUAAUUGAGUUUGUUUCUAGAGCCCCAGCUAAAAUAAAAGAUGCAGGAAAUAAGCUAUAUCCAUAUGUUUUUGUGACUGAUUAUGCCUUUCAAUUAAAACCACAUAUGCUAAAACCAUUCGCUCGUCUGGCCUCUUGCAUUAAAAAGAAAAUAUUUAACUACCGUUUAUUAAGGGCCAGAAGAAUAAUUGAACAUUGUUUUGGCAUAUCAGAAGCAAGGUUUCGCAUUUUUAGACGUCCCAUUAUUGUACAGGUUGAAACUGUGAAUUUAAUAACAAAAGCAGUAGUUGCUCUACACAACUUUUUAAUGAAAAGCCAAGAAAACCAUGGUGAGUACAGGUACUGUCCACCAGGAUUUGUGGAUACUGAAAAUGGCGCGGACUCACAGCUUGAAGACUGGAGGAAUGAAACCAAUGGAUAUACUGGCUUUUUACACAUUGGUACUACGCGAUCAAACAGCUAUACGAAAAGUGCAAAGGAUGUGCGCAAAGAAUAUAAAGAUUAUUUUAACACACAAGAAGGAGCUGUAAGUUGGCAGUGGGACUAUGUAUCCAGAACGAUAGACCCGUUUGACUUGGAAGUAUGA